GGCGGGUGCAUCAAGGUAUAGUAUCAAGUCUCGAGGUUCUGACUGCCCGAAUGGCGGGAAUCGUUUGCGCCUCAACUCAUUUCCUUCAGCUGCUGGUGUUUAUGCUUUUUCUGUUUGCUUGGGUAUCGUUGAUGACUUUUGACGAAAACGAAUGCACGAAUGCUAUGGACCCUAUUUAUUUUAUUAUUAUUAUUUUUUCCUUCGCUCACAGAUUCCUAAUAUCUUGGGUUAUGUAUCAAUGCUUGAAGGCGAAAUGAAGUCUAUUCAUCUAUCAUAUUUGACACGAUUCUUGCGUACAUGUUACUCUCCUUCCCAAAAGCGCCCCAUUUGAACCAAUUAUACUUUAGUU